AUGCUGUGCGCGAAGACUCGGGGCUGGAUGGGCAUUGGCUGGUUGAACCCCUCCCGCGACGAAGCCAGUCUUAUGGUCCGAACCGACAUGGUUGUUGCCUUCGUGGAGGAUGGACAAGCAGUGGUGCAGGACCGGUUCGCAUUUUCCAUUGAGGAGCCGACUAAGGACGAGAUGCUUGCAGACCAGCGUCCUGACGAUGCGGGCAACCCGCUCAACGGGAGAAACGACUUGAAACUGAUCCCAGGCAGCUUGGGCUUGCCCGGACUUGAAUGGUGCUCGGACGCCACGUGCAGCCUUGGUUUCAGCCUGGUACAAUUCCAGAGAGCAUUUGCAACAGAAGAUGCAUACGACAUCAGGCUCCCUGCCAAAAGUGCCAAGCUUGGCCUGAUCUAUGCCUGGGGCAGCCGCGACCCGUUCGCCACUUACAUGGAGCAGCACGGUGGAGGUGACAGAGGCUAUGUUGAAUUGCAAUGGAACUUGGAUUGUGCGCCUGGAACCUUUUUUGACAUUGCAAGCGCGGAAUCUUGA